AUGCUCAACACGGGUCAAUUUGCACCUUCUGACUCGAUCCAUUCAGCCUUAGCCAAUGAUGAAUUAGCCGCCGACGCCGCUCUAUCAGGAGUUCUCGAUUUCACCGCUGCGUUGAACGAUCUCGAAAGCGCACGGUUUACAUUUCCCGAUGACCACACGCUCGAUGUCCCCAUCCUCAGUGUGUUGCAGGCGGGGUCUCAGCUUGCAUCGCUUUUUGGUUGCGAGGACACGAUCUGGGACCCUACAGCCCUCCGGACGCUUUCGCCAAUCUCAUCGUCUGCAAUGCCACUGACCUCAAAUCUGGAGCCGACCGCCGCUCAGAUCACGAUUCCCCAUCAUCCCGUCUUUGACAUUCUCCCCUGGCCGUCAAUGCGCACGAAGCUCAUCACCAUUUUCUCCCUUCCCGCUCAGGCGCGACCCGUCAUUGCGCGCGACCCUAUGGCUCUAAUGCAACUCAUUUAUGACCUGGACGACACUUCUGAGGGACUGAGGGUCUCUGGAUCUGACUGGAGACUUGACAGAAACUGGGAGGUUGGGCAAAAAAUCUUCGAGAACUGGUGGUUCGUCUUGGAUCCGGACAUAUUGCGACAGAGUAACCUGCUGCGGCAACGAAGAGGAGCCGGGCGAUUGCUGCCUCCCGUUGGGCAGAGUAACACAGUGCAAAUGACUUCCUCCUAG